CAGCUGUUGCCUUACUAGGUCACAUCAAAACUCUCGCUGGAUGAUAGCUCAGCAGUAAAGGCUGUUGCGGGUAAACUUGUCGGAGAACCCAUGUUCUUUCAAAAGUAUUACACAAAGCAAUCGGCUGGUGAUAUAUUACUGGCACCUAAACGCAUUGGCGAAAUUGCUAUUGUCAAUGUGCGUGGCAGCACAAAAUAUGCUUUGCGACGAGACGCUUUCUUGGCCAAAACUGAAAAGGUCACUCUCGAUUUGGGAUUGAAUGGCGUCAAGGGCAAAGACACUGGUCUUGUCAAUAAGCUCGUACAUACAGUAUGCGGUCCAGGAACGAUUGCAAUUUCCCAUUAUGGUGGAUUAUACAGACUGUCAUUGAGUGCUGGCGAAGAAUACCUAGUAAACCCACGAAACCUUGUGAUGUGGGAUGUGCGAACUGAACCAACCAAGCUCCAUCCUGCCAACCCACUUGUCCCGUCACCACGAUCACCAUUGCGAAAGUAUGCAUUUGUACGAAAUGUUGCUGAUAGUCCUUCAAUGCAGCCCAAAUUGCAGUAUAUCCAAAGUGUAGCCAAGACAUUGCGCAACUAUAUUAUGGGCGCUCCGGAUUUCGUGCGUGUCAAGGGUCCGGGUGAUAUGUUCCUGGCAUCAAGAGUAGAACCACGAUUCGAAUCGGCUAGAAUAAUGAAUGCUUUGGCCGCUGCCAAUGAUUCACUUACUCAAGCUUUCGAACCAUCUGCUCUUUUCCCUGCUGCACCAGCCGAGCCUUACACAGCAACACUCUCUUCAAAACGAAAGCAUCACCCUGGCUACGCAACUGGAAAGUCUGUCAACGGUAUUCCCACCUACUAUGCCGAAGUGGGUGCAAAAGGAAAGGUCACUUUUAUCGCUAACAAACCCUCUGAAUCCGCAUAAACAAAAUAAACAGGUUUCUUUUUUUCCACAAGUUAGUCGAAUGCUCUACGGCUAAAGCGGGUGACAAAUUUGGGAGUUAUUCCCAUAAUUCGUCUCUAUCGUAUCAAUUCUGCCACAUUUUUUGCGACAAAAGUAUAUUUGCAGCUCACAAUACCGAUCUCCUGUUCUACGUGUACUAAUU